AUGUUUGCAUCAAUGAAGCUAAACAACGUCAAAGACUUGUCAGAAAUUAUGCAAGAAUUGAAUAAAAUCAAAUCAAACAUGAACAACCAAGCUCAACAGAAUAACAUAAAAUCAAAGUCAGAAAAAUCAGCAAAUGACGAAAAAAUAUCAGCAAGAGAACAUAUCAAUAAAAUACUUUCUUCAAACAACAAUUAUAAUAGAUCAAACACAAUAAGUUCAAAAAACUUUAGAGGCAAGCACACUAAAUUUAAUAAAAUAACUAAAAAAUAA